AUGGCUUCUAAUCCACCAGGUAAAUGUUGCGCUGAAGGGAAUUUCCAUGAAGGUACUCCAAUUGGAACACAUAAAGAAUUAUUUGGAUUACCAACUUAUUCAGUUGGAAAUUCAUCAUCGUCAAAUAUUAUAGUUGUUUUAACAGAUAUCUAUGGUAAUAAAUUUAACAAUGUUUUACUUAUUGCUGAUGAAAUUUCUAAAAAUGGCGAUUAUUUAGUAUUAAUUCCAGAUAUUUUAAAAGAUGAUCCUGUUAUACCUGGUGCUGAUUUACAAAAAUGGUUACCUAAUCAUACUGCCGAAAUAACAGCACCAAUAGUUGAUAAUUUCUUACAAAAAGUUAAACAAGAAUUAAAACCUAAAUUUUUAGCUGGUAUUGGAUAUUGUUUUGGUGCUAAAUAUGCUGUUCAAAAUUUAUCAUCAACUGGAUAUUUAGAUUCAGCAGCAAUUGCUCACCCAUCAUUUGUUAGUAUUGAAGAAGUUAAAGCUAUUAAAAGACCAAUUAUUAUCAGUGCUGCUGAAACUGAUCCAAUUUUCACUCCUGAAUUAAGACAUCAAUCAGAAGAUGAAUUAGCUAAAUUGAAUGGAGUUAGAUAUCAAGUUGAUUUAUUUUCUGGUGUUGCUCAUGGUUUUGCCGUUAGAGGUGAUAUUAAAGAUCCUUUGGUUAGAUAUGCUAAAGAAAAAACUUUGAAAGAUCAAUUAUGUUUCUUUGAAAGUGUUCAAGCUUUGAAAUCUUACUUGUAA